UCAUCCGUCAUUCAUUCAUUCAUAAUUUUAUUUAUGUAAUUCAAAAUAGAAAUUCUAAAUUAUUAAUUAUAAAUUUAUAAUUUUACAAUUUAGUACAAAGUUAUAGUUAAGUGACCACAAUGGGUACCGUUUAUGCAAAGGCAGAGCAUGGCGAGAAGGAGGUGGGUGGUGGGUUAUUUGAAUUUGAGGAGCCCAUUGAGCUGGACGAGGACCCAAUACCAAAGCCUGCCAUCAAAUUAGGUGGUGUUCGGGCACGUGUAGACCGCGUGCACGUGGAUGGCUUAAACAGAACGAAAGAUGACGUCAUAAAGAGCACAGUGGACGAGCUGUUCCACGCCACAGACUUUGAGGAUGUCAUACUGAAGGCUCACAAGGUCCGCCGCGCUCUGGACUCGAUGGGGUGCUUCCGUGACAUUGGAGUACACAUCGACGUCUCGUCCGGACCCGGCGCCACGCCCGAGGGUCUCGAGGUGACGUUCCAAGUGAAGGAACUGUCGCGGAUAGUGGGCGGCGUGAACACGACGGUCAGCGAAAACGAAGGAAACCUAGUACUAGGUGUGAAGAUGCCGAACGUGCUGGGCCGCGGGGAGCGCGUGCAGGCCGAGUACAGUAUGGGCUACCGUAGCUCCUCCAACUUCAGCGUGGCCGCCACCAAGCCCUACCCGCAGAAGCCGCUCGUGCCAGUUAUCACGGCAACAGUGUACCAACAGAACCACGAGUACCCGUGGUCCGGGUACCGGCUGCUCGACCGCGGCCUGCUGCUCGACCUCGCGUUUAGGACUUCGCCCGCGACAACACACAACCUGCAGUGGGAGGGGCUCGUGCGGGAUACCUCAGUGCUCAGUAAAACAACCAGUUUUAAAGUCCGAGAGAGCAGCGGUCCGCAGAUGAAGUCUGUGGUACGUCACAUGGUGGGCGUGGACCACCGCGACGACCCAAUCUUCCCGACGCGCGGCGCCAGCGUGCAGUUCACCAGCUCGCUGGCCGGGCUCGGAGGCGGCGUCGCGCAUCUCAAGACCGAGCUCACUGCGCAGGCGCACGCGCCCCUCACCCGCCACCUGGUGGUGAGCGUGGGGUGCGCGGCGGGGGUGCUGCACGACAUGUUCGGCACGGAGCUGCCCGACCGGCUGUUCCUGGGCGGCCCCACGUCGCUGCGGGGCUUCGGGCAGCGGGGGGUCGGGCCGCACCACCACCGGGUCGCCACCGGCGGCCGCGCCUACUGGGCGGGGGCGCUGCACGUGUGGGCUCCGCUGCCGUUCGUGUCGGGCCGCAGCCCCGUGGCCGGACUCUUCCGCUCGCACCUGUUCCUCAACGCCGGCAGCCUCGCACCGCCAGAGGCGGGCGCGGGGUGGCAGGCGCUGGCGGAGGCGCGGGUGGCGGCGGGCGCGGGGCUGGCGCUGCGCCUCGGACGCGCCGCGCGCCUCGAGCUCAACUACUGCCUGCCGCUGCGGGCCCGCCCCGGGGACCACACCGCGCCGGGGCUGCAGUUCGGGGUCGGCGCAAACUUCCUCUAGGCCCACACCCGCCACCCGCCACCCGCCUCACGACUGCUGCAGGUAAUGUUCAGGCCGCACACUGUCCCCUCGACUACUAUCGGUAAUGUUCUAGCCGCACACUGUCCCCUCGACUACUACCGGUAAUGUUCUAUCCGCACAC